AUGUUCACUGUCACCACUCUUCUUAAGUUGAGCCUGGCUCUCCUCACUGCCAGCAGCACCAUGGUAGCCUCCCUCCCACCCAGCAACAAGCCAACUCUUCAUCGGCGUGUCUGCUACGAAGGUGAAACCACCAACCUCUACUGCUACACCGAGGAACACGGCGGCAUCCCUCAAGAGGUGUCAGAAGACGACAUCAAAUAUGUCGCCUCCUACCUCCGCUCGUAUGGUCGGCAGGUCCGCGCUGGCCGGCUCUUGACAAUGGGCCCGGCUGAGCUCGGCACUUGUGACGAAUGGACGCUUUACCAACGUGGCUCCGUCAUGGUCACGGCCAAGCACCUCAACGAUACGGCCAAUUCGGCCGUCCUUUUCGAAGAUGUCGCCACCACGAUCGACGGCGGCGUGGGAGCGACGGAUGCUCAAAAGGCGAAAGCCAUUAUUGGGUGCUUGUCUGACGGUGGCUCGCUGGGUGUCAUGGUUAACAGAACCAACCCCAUGUAUAAUUCGACUGCCUAUGUCAGCAAUCGUUACACGCCCACCGGAAUCGUCAUCAAGGUUGUGUCGAGCGGCCAGUGA